AUGUCCACGAGUUCCAGGGCUGUUAGCAUAUCGGAUCUAGCUGACGGCCAUGGACAUCAACCAACAAAUGAUGGCUUCCAGAGCACCGUGACAGAUGAGAAGCAGGCGUGCACUGAAGGUCCAGACCCUGACUUAGCCACCGGCCCAGAUGUGACGAAAUUCGAGGAGCUAGCCGGCUUGCCGGCAGAUUCAAAAGAUGGCCAACCCCCAGAGCACGAAUACAGAGUACCAGAUGAGGUUAUCUACCGAAUGGCAUCGACUGUGGCUCCAUCAAAUAGGUCCGUCCACCGGGACCCUGUCACCCAGGUGACGACAGACGCAGAGGGAAACACGUACCCCGAAGGCGGCCUGCAAGCAUGGCUGGUGGUGCUGGGCUGUUUUUGUGGCCUUUUUGGAUCGCUUGGGCUGAUCAACACCAUAGCCACCUUCCAGGCAUACAUCCAGACUCAUCAGCUGAAAGACUACAGUACCGGCAGCACUGGAUGGAUCUUCGGGAUGUACACCUUCCUGACCUUCUUCUGCGGCAUCCAGAUCGGCCCGAUCUUUGACGCACGAGGCCCACGCUUGCUCAUUCUGGCAGGCUCGAUCUGCCAAAUGGCGAUGGUCAUUUCCCUCGGGUUCUGCACACAGUACUGGCAUUUCAUGAUUGUGAUCGGUGUUCUGGGGGGUGUCGGCACAUCUCUCAUCUUUACGCCAGCCAUCUCAUCAAUCGGCCAUUUUUUCUACGAGAAGCGUGGACUCGCAACUGGGCUUGCUUCCACCGGAGGCUCACUUGGGGGCGUUGCAUUUCCUCUGAUUCUCCAAAGUCUUUUCCCCAAAAUCGGCUGGGCGUGGGCAACCCGAGCGAUCGCCUUGAUCUGUUUAAUUUCAUUGGCGAUUGCCUGUCUCCUGAUCAAGUCUCGACUGCCUCAGAAACCCUUUUCCAAAGAGAAUAUAUUGCCAGAUUUCCGUAUAUUCAGGGACGCGCGGUUUACGCUCACAACUGCGAGCGUCUUCUUCAUUGAAUGGGGCCUCUUCGUUCCGAUUGCCUACAUCUCAUCUUAUGCCAUCGACCAAGGCUUUUCUACCCAUUUCUCGUACCAGAUUAUUGCCAUCCUAAACGCGGGUUCAUUCUUUGGGCGAUGGCUGCCAGGCUUUUUCGCAGACAUCUUAGGCCGCUUCAAUGCCCUGAUCGCGACAGUGGCCCUAUGCCUACUUUGCAAUGCAUGCUUGUGGCUUCCCGCUGGAAACAGCCUACCCUUGCUCGUCGUGUACUCGGCCCUGUUCGGUUUUGCUAGUGGCAGCAACAUCAGCCUCACGCCCGUUUGUGUCGGCCAGCUCUGCAAGACCGAGCACUAUGGUCGGUAUUACGCCACUGCCUACACCAUUGUGAGCUUUGGGUGA